GCAGACCAUCAUUGAUGCUCCGGCCUGCGCAACACGACCACAAUGUCUGCCACUGCUACGGUCACAGCCGAGGCGCCGCCCGCGACGGAGACGGUGCCUGUCAAGGGCAUGAAGAAGAACGGCAAGCAAUGGCAUGACAACAAGGCUCCGUUCCGCCCAAAAGCAAACCAGUCGACGUGGGAGAAGCGCCUGGCGGAUAGGAAGGCGCUCGCUGCAGUAAAGGCAAAGGAGAAGGAACUCAAGGACGAGAAGGAGGCUGAGCGAGUGCGACGAGUCGAGGCUAUCAAGGCAAAGCGCGCAGCCAAGGAAGAACGCGAACGGUUUGCCAAGAUGGAGGAGAAGAUGCACAAGAGGCGUGUUGAGCGGUUGAAGAGAAAGGAGAAGCGCAACAAGAUGCUCAAGUCGUGAGCGCAGGCGACACAGAAAAUGCAAAAAGGAAAUACUGCUUGGAGGAAGUCGGACACACCAAGCGACGUGAACAAUGAUACCCUGAGCUCCAGGAAGUAGAUAGCAACUACGGCUUAAUCCCGCCAUGGAGCCGCCCAGGCCAUAUACUAUAACAAUUGGAACAGGCAGUGCCAUGAUGCGCGUCUAUGAAUGAGAGAUUCGCCUCUUGACAUGCUUGUGCCUGAUGGCGCUGGGACCCCUGCACCGACACGCGACGCUCGGGUAACGCUCACCCAACCCGCCCAACCUCAAGGUCAACGCCCGCAUCGCUCACCCACC